CAGCAACGACCACGGCAGCGAACAUGACACCACCUCGAAGGCAGCCACACGCGGAAAGCAGCCCUCCAUGACCGCGCCAUCUCGUGGCGCUGUGGCGGAGGGCGAAUAUGACCCUCUUUUCGACUCUCCGGUGGACGCAGGAGAGCUUUGCUCGGGUCUGGUCAGGGUUGAGCCUCCCAGCCUGAGCAGCGAGGACACAGCAGUCGCGAUUCUACAGCAUGCGAGGCUUCACCCGGAGACCAUCGGCAGCUUCAUCCAGAAGAAGGCGGAGGAGCUGGCGGAGGGAGUCUGUGAUCACCAUCAGCCGCCCGUCAGCUGGCAGGAAGACCCGUCAACUACCUCCUGCGGGCUGCACCAGUCUGCUUCUGCUGUUUUGGCCGCUGUUCGGCUGCAGGAUGUCUUCACCAGGUACAAGGAUGACCCAGGGUACUGCGUGGCGAAAAGGGUCAGGAAUCAGGGGUACUACGACACCGCCAAAGACCUUGGAUGCUUCGGAAGGGGUAACCAGUUGAAAGCGGGGGAGUGCAUGUGCGCGGCUACCAAGGUCUUCGCUGGCGAUGGUAACGACGGACUCCCAACGGAAGUAGUCAAGGCCAUGCUGCAGCACUGAACAGUGUGCUCGCGACGGAUGCAGCGGUGCUCGCAACAGUUUUCCGUUCAUUGUGCCUACCCUAGGGAGGGAGGGGGGCUUGGGAAUAUUUAAAUGCGCGAGUGCGCCCAGGAAAGGAGCGGCGGGGAG